UAUAUUAUUUUUAUUUUUUUUGCCGUCGUAUAUCUUGAUUUAGACGCUUCAAUUGUUGCAGCACAGGGUGGCGCUUUCGCUCUUCUCGCAUUUCUCUAUGCUUAUCGCUUCGGUUGCCGUUUUGUUCGUCUGCUCCUGCCGCUUUCUGUGCACGUGUACGCUUUUUCGUAUGCUCUGCAGUUAAACAUUUCGCUUCUGUGCCCGCGAACGUUCCGGCAAUGUUGGAAAAACUGAGAAAAGGACACAAGGCGUGCUGCGCGGCUGUGCGGUGUGGCAGCUCGGGGGGCAACGCAAGGACGCAAUUUUUCCGUUUCCCCGUGGACGAGAGGCCCUCACCGGGUUUCGUGACCGUGGGCGCUGCGGCCUGGCUGGUCAUACGGUCUGGUCUAUUCACCCAUUUCUGGCCGAAUAGACCAACCAAUCACAGCGGAGUACGCGCCCACCACUGGGUUCCUUGCACCACUACCAGAUGGAGCUCGCCUUCGUGGGGUCAAUUUAACAUGGGACAUCGAUACGCACAUCCUCACGGGCACCUCAAACUACGGUGUAAAAGCCGCUGCAGCACUUCAGGCGUUGUACAGAUCAUGCGUCACGGAGAUAUGGCAGCCAGAUCAGCGACUGAGAGACAUCCUGGCGACCGUUUUUGAAAUCGCUAACACCACGAAGCACAUGAGCCGCGCCCAACUUCUGCGCUUUGCCUUGGAAGUCCAGACACGGUGCGAUCUCCCUUUCUACUUCACUGUUUACGACUACCACGGUAACAUCUACUUCACAAGGAAGUUGCUCCGGGUCGCGGCCUACAGACAGUUUUGCGACGACGCCUGUUAUUCCACCGCCCUGUCCGCAUUUAACGCGCACUUCGGCGCUAACCUCACCAAAGAACAAAUAGCCGCGUGGGAGCAGCUGUUUACUGACGACAACACUCAACCAGACUUCAUCGCUUGGGACGAGAUUUCCGCGGUUUUCGGAGGCAUGGAAGCUGAGCAGUUCAAGGCCAUAUUGCGAGAGUUCUUUACCUACGUCGACACCGCGACCUCGGUAAUUGUGUCAUCCAAGCCGGAGCUGUUCGCCGACAUAGCGCGUUUUUGGAACGUCGCAAAUCAGCCCCUGUCGCUGUGUCAAGCACUGAUCAUCAUCGCACUUAGUGCCCUGGAGUGGAUCGUCUUCGGAGACGCAGAGUUAAACUCGCCCACUCUGCGUAGCGCAGACAUCUGCCAGCUUCACCUCCGCGGAAACCUGCAGUUGUGGAGGGCCACUUACGUCGCGGCCCUCACGAACCCCGACAAGGACCGUCAACUGCGCGACAUCUUCGAGGCGACACGGCGGAGCUUCGUCGGUUACCAGCCGCUUCGACAGCUCGUGGCAACCGGAAACGACACGGCGAACUUCGAGGAUCUAAUGCGGAGCUUCACUCUCAUGCUUCCGGGUGACCUCGUCCUGCCGGAAAUGGCCGUGCCCGCGUUGAACAACAGUGGUUUCGUGCGCAACAUCUUCCGCGCGACGAGCUUCGAGUACGACGUAAGAGUUGAGAAGCAGCAACGAGGAAUGCCUGCCCUCCCCCAGAGUUUCCUGGAAUAUGCGGCAGAACGAAUCAUGUUUGUAAACAAGAGCACUCUCUACGUUAGUGCGCCAGCGUACGCCUGGCUGAGCGCCGGUACCGCCAAUCCUCUACUCGCGGAUGCGCCGGUCAUUGCGAGCCGCAUGGCGUACUGGAUGUGGAGAAACGUCCGCGAAUGGAGUGGCUGGUCUACAAGGACACAAGUCGUGCUUAAGUCCUUUCAGUAAGGUCCUUGCCGUUACCUAGAAAUACCUAGAAACAUAAAAAACCUAAAACCUAGAACCUAGAAAUAAUAAUCAAUUCCUGCUUUUUGUCGAAUUCGUAUUUUACGGUUGGAUCGGCUUAUAGAUCAAACCACAUCAAAUCUAAUCUUUAGUUACGUUACCAUGAUCACCACGAUCACUAAAUACGAGUACGCUCUUUUGUACUUACUAAAAAUAUACAACACUGCGGAAUUCCGCACACUGCACAAUCGCGAAACAUGUUAGAGACGGGACAGUUCUUCCUUGGGUGAUUGUGGCUACGGGGUUGAGGGGGUCGACGUGAUUUGUUGAGUAUAACGGCCGCACGUGUGCGCCAUUCAUUAUUUUUUUGCUUCACUGCUUUGGCCUAUUGCGGCUCGGAGUACCUCCAAGCACAUUGAUGGGUACGUCCGGUAGGAGUAAUAAAGGAAAGCAAUUUUGCUUUACAAUAACCACACUGGUUCCACGUAGGGACGCCCAUUCUAUGUAGGAUCACAUUAAAUAUCUGAUUUCACAUCGGGACAUGUCAGCCCACCUUUACUGCACCGAAGGAGUCCGCUUUUAAGACAGUCGUCUGCCCUAGCAGACUAAACUAGGGAAUCUGAUUAAUGUAUCUCGGCCAGUCAUAGUCGCCGAACCGCUUGCAGUAUCGAACCAAUGUUGUCGCACCGUUUCGUCCUCGCAUACGAGGCAACCAUGUCACAAUCUGGAAAUCUUAAGUCGACGCUGUUCCCACAGAAGUCCUCGACGUUGACCCCGUUUAAUAAUGAGUUGCCUUGUCUGCGUCAGGUUCGAGUAGAGGGGUUUCCGCGGUAAUUAAAGUCUUCGCGUAGGACAGCAGCUCUUGUCGCCUCCAAGUGUGCUCCUUGACUUGCACGUCACAGUCUAUGUCGGUCCUCGUCGUCAUCUGUGCCCGCGCUGAUGAAAGGACGGCCUUGUGAGAAACGUCCAAGCAUUGCUCAUUGCUGUAUUGAGAUGUAAGAGGGUCAGAGCCACUAUUAGUGAUUUCCAGCGCGGCGCAGGUGAAACUUGAGAUCCUGUCACGAUACAAAAACACAAUUAAAAAAAACUCGACAGAUGACGCUGCUUCGAGGAAAUGAGUUUCGCGAAGUCACUU